AUGUAUGCCCAAGAUAUCUUGAAGAGGUUCAAGAUGAGUAAUUGUAAUGCAGUUGUUACACCAUUGGAGAUUGGAGAAAAGUUGAGAAAGGAAUCAAAUGAUGAGUUUGUAAGUGCAACAUUGUGCAAACAAAUCAUUGAAUCCUUGAGGUAUCUUUGCAAUAUUAAGCCAGAUAUUUGUCAAAGUGUCAGAUUGUUGAGCAUGUUUAUGGAGAAGCCUCAAGAAUGUCAUCUAACAACAGUCAAGAGAGUGCUAAGAUACAUCAAAGGUACGAUUGAUCAUGGUGUGGUGAUGUCGAGGAAAAAUAAGAAUAUUAGUACAAAUGUAGAGGUAUAUGGCUACACUGAUUCAGAUUACAAUGGAGAUCAAGACGAGAAGAAGAGUAUUGCAGGCUACAUAUUCAUGAUCAGAGGUGCACCAAUCUUAUGGAGUCAAGAAAGUAAAACGCUGUGGUUUUGUCAUCUUGUGAAGCUGAGUAUGUGGUUGCAUCAUAUGCAGCAUGUCAAGCAACAUGGAUAG